CUAAGAGAUGUGGCAAUAGACGUAGCCACUAACUCAUUAGACCAAAGCCUAUACAUAUUGUAGCAUUAAUGGGCCUAAUUUCUCACUACCGAAGGCCCAUAUGGAUCGUAGCACAAAUUUCAAGUUUCUUCUUCUCCGUUCGCUACUUCCAAUUCCGUUAGGCCAUCUCCGUCGUCGAUCGUCAUAAUUGUCGUCGUCGGUGGAAUUAAUGUCGGCGAGAGCCGCCUCGUGAUUGUCGAAGCUUUGUUGUGUGAAUCAGAUCAACGGGAAAAUGGGACUGUUAAGCAUAAUUCGGAAAAUCAAGAAGAAAGAGAAGGAGAUGCGUAUUCUUAUGGUUGGGCUUGAUAACUCUGGGAAGACGACGAUUGUUCUGAAGAUAAAUGGGGAAGACACGAGCGUGAUUAGCCCAACUCUUGGUUUCAACAUCAAAACCAUUAGCUACCAAAAGUAUACGCUGAAUAUUUGGGAUGUGGGUGGGCAAAAGACUAUAAGAUCGUAUUGGAGGAAUUACUUUGAGCAGACUGAUGGGUUGGUUUGGGUGGUGGAUAGCUCUGAUCUCAGGAGGUUAGAUGAUUGCAAGAUGGAACUUGACAAUCUCUUGAAGGAAGAGAGGCUUGCUGGUUCAUCUUUGCUUAUACUAGCAAAUAAGCAGGAUAUUCAAGGUGCUCUUACACCUGAAGAAAUUGGCAAAGUGCUAAACUUAGAGUCCAUGGAUAAAAGCCGGCACUGGAAAAUCGUGGGUUGCAGUGCCUACACUGGUGAAGGUUUGUUGGAAGGAUUCGAUUGGUUGGUUCAAGACAUUGCCUCCAGAAUUUACAUGCUUGACUAGUCUGUUGUUCAUCAACUAUCGCAUUGCGCAAUGGCAUUUUAGGAGCAAUGGACUAUUUGCAGCUGAAAGAUAUUUCACCUACAUCUUGAACAUGUCAAGUUUUUUUACCAUAACCUGUGAUUUCAUAUUAGCAUGUAAGCUUUUCUUUUAGUUCUAUUGUUUCGAUGAUUCUACAAACAGACAUAUAUGUUCGAAAGACAAACUCUUUGUCAUUUUGUUUGAUUGAAAGAGACUUAACCAC